CAGAUCCUCUUUACCGAUCGAAGAACAAUAAAAUCUUGCCUUCGUCAUUGUAGAGACAUCAGUUUAACUUCGGUUCCUUCAGGGGUGGACAUCACUUGGCGCCCGCUGCACCAGGUUGAUUUUCUAACGCGUUUGUGAUAUACUCCUUGUGUACGAUUACGGAUAAAACUGUUGCAAACAUCUAAACAUUGUUGUCGUAUCCAUAGUAACAAGAUAUGGUAUGUAAAGGGCCACAGUGAACUACGUCACUUUAAAGUUAACUGCGCCGAGUUACACUACUUUUAACUACCCCUGUACUGCCAAAGCCAUUUAUUAAGAUGUGUGGAGAGGCUUUUUACACGCUUUUGGUCCUAGUAGUUUUUGCAUCUAAGUGCACGGGCGAGAAUGCCGAUUUGAGGGUAUCCGGCCUAUCCAUAAACAACCCCAAUCCCAACCAGAAUACACCGGUCUACUUAGUAGAUACUGCCACCACUGUGGCUCUCAUGACGUUCUACGUCAACAACGACGGACCCGAUAAUUUGGAAGCAGCGGCAUCUGGAAACAACUAUGAAGUUAAAGUUUAUAUUGCUGAACUUAACAGCGAUGAAACUGCUAUAGUUGCCUCUGACGAAGUAUCGACGUUCACUUUGUCUGACGAAAGCGGGCUAUCCGGGGCAUUGGCGAACGGAGCCAACGUAUUUUACAUGGCAACUAAUUUCGCACUGACUUAUCCAAGUAAUCUCUGCGCUUCGUACACCCACGUGUGUGCAAAAGUUGAAAAAGACGCCGGUGCCACUUAUGACGACACUGAUGCGACCAAUGACUUCAAUUGUCUGCCCUUCAUUCAGGGAACCACUGGAUCAGCUGCUGGAUUAACAGACUGUCCGUCAGAUAUUGUACCUAUUGCAUUGAACGUAACCGAUCCGUCGCCACCAUCGUUUGUUUACGGCAGUGAAGUAAACGUAACAUUGAGCGUCACUAUAGAAAACCAGGGCGGUACAGCGGUGGUCGGUUCAACAGCCAACGAAGACAACUUGGCAUUCAGUAAGAUCUUCAUCGCAAAUACUCAAAGUGAGAGUGCCUCCACUAUGGUUGACUUCAGCGACACGUUGCAGUAUACGUGGAAUGACGUCAGUGAUGGCAUCGAUGAAUGGGGUAAUACGGAGUAUAGUGGAAUCACUGCUUCAAUAACAAUACCGGAAGUGGACUGCGCAGAUUAUGUAUAUCUGUGCAUUGUAUUGGAUUUGGGAAUCAACUCUACAGCUGACGACGAUACUUCUAAUAAUUUGUACUGUGGGGAAUUUGGAUCGUUUGUCAUUGGUGGAAUAGGUGAGGUGAUCUGCCCCAUCAUAACAACAACAGUAUCGGUAACCCAAGCAGUGACCAAAGUCGCAACUACACAAGGCCAGAUCAGCACGACUCCUGUCGAAGACGAAUCUACAGUGGACAGUUCUAUCGUCAGCGUUCACAUAGCCGUCAUUGUAGGUAUCGCCAUCGGGGGACUGGUUGUCGGAGCGGCGGCGGCGUUACUAAUACAAUAUUCCGUUGCCAAGUUUGCUAAAGCCAAGGAAUUAAAGAAAAAUGCUAACCCUGGGUUAAGAUCUCCCAAUGCCCGUGGACCCUGGUUUACCGAACAUGCUUAGUAUCCCAGCAGCAGAAAUUGUGACAAAAAUGCUCAGUGAAAUUAAAUUAAUAAAGGAUCUUCAAGUUUGUAUUGUGAUUUCAACAACUUAACACUAGGAAAAAGAUACAUUUUUUUUUUAAAUUUGAGAGAGAAAAGACGAAUCGAUAUGGACGAAUUCAUUACCGAUAUUGCGGUGGUUUUAAAAUAUUAAGUCUCCCUAGAGGGCGUUAUAGAUAUGUCACGCAUGCGCAGCUUACACUUUAUUGUACAUACUUUGAUGUUUUAUACUGUUGGUUAUAUAACGAACACAAAUUAUAGAGGUUGUGGGGACUACUUUUCAGAAUGCUGUUUCACAGGACUUUUUUUUUAUUUGACUGUCAUAAUAGUUGAACUUAAUACUCUAAUGCAACAAAAUCACCGGGUGUGUAGCGUUCUAUAUCUGUAAACAUAAUGAAUCCAUCUGUUUUGUUAAAGUUUAUUGUGAAUUUAGUUUAUCAUAAUUGUGUUAUUGUGAGUACCACGUACCAUUUGCUAUAUUAUAUUCUCUGUUACGCUUGCUACCACCAACAAACAAACAAACAAAUUCGUUUGUUUUUCAAACUAUGUAUAUUUUGAUAAGAGUGAAAUAAAAAAAACACUUCUUAGUGGUUUAAAGAAAAAAA